AUGGACCCCCGUCGGCUCACCUGGGCGCUGGUGCUGCUGGGCCCGGCCUUGGCGCUCGCCCUAGGCCCUGCCCUCGCCCAGGAAUCACCCGAGAAGCUGUGCGGCCACCACAUCGUGCGCGCGUUGGUGCGGCUGUGCGGGGGCCCGCGCUGGUCCUCCGAGGAUGGGCGACCUGUGGCUGGCGGCGACCGUGAGCUGCUACAGUGGCUGGAAGGACAACAUCUCCUCCAUGGGCUGAUGGCUAGUGAGGACCCCGUGCUGGUACUCGCCCCACAGCCCCUGCCCCAGGCCUCUCGCCAUCACCACCACCGCCGCCACCGGGCAGCUGCCACCAACCCUGUCCGUCACUGCUGCCUCAGUGGCUGCACCCGGCAAGACCUGCUGACCCUCUGUCCCCACUGA